AUGCAUCCCUCUAGAGCUCUGCAGUUUUCUCCGUUCAGAAGAUCUUGCGCAACAAGGAUUCCAAGAGGCAAAGUAGUCGGGAAAAGGUGGAGGAUUAUAAGCAAGCUUGGAGAAGGUGGAUUCGGAGCAGUUUACAAAGUCGAAGAUAUAAAUACUAAUCAACUCGCUGCUCUCAAAGCAGAGGCGAAUGGCGAACGAGGAAGCGUGUUACGUUUGGAAGCUCUGAUAUUAAAACGUCUAGCUGGGAAGCCUCACGUCGCACAGCUCUUACAAAGCGGUAAAAAAGAAUUUUACUCAUACAUUGUCAUGACUUUACUGGGACAGAGUUUGGAUGACAUACUUAGAAGGAUUGGAAAGGUCUGUUCUGUGUCUACACAGAUUCGCAUUGGAAUCAACUUGUUAUAUGGUAUUAAACAAAUACACGAUGUUGGCUUUAUACACAGAGAUGUAAAGCCGUCAAACAUGGCACUUGGCUACAAAUACUCGGAGCAGAGUCGUAUCUUCCACAUCUUUGACUUCGGACUUGCUAGAGAGUUUGUUGUUGUGGAAGAUGGAAGGAGGAAGAUGCGAAGGCCAAGACCAGGAACCAUACGGUACUGCUCAGCUAAUGUACAAGAGAGAGGAGAACAAGGAAGAAUGGAUGAUUUAUGGUGUCUGCUCUAUGUGCUUGUAGAGCUGCGAGGGCCAUUACCUUGGUCUCGUGUACGAGACCGGCAUAAAGUGCUCAGAAUGAAGAAGGACAUUGAGCUAGAAGAGCUAUUAGAGAAUUGUCCAGUAGAGUUGAUCGCUUUUGGAGAGCAUAUAAGUAGUCUUAACUACUAUCUUCGACCGGAUUAUGCUCUACUAUAUCGUCUACUUGAACAAGUCAUGAGGAGCGGAAAGAUAAGCUUUUCUGAUCCUUACGAUUGGGAGAAAACAAAGACAAAAGAGAAACGAUCCUUUGAUACGUCGGUGUCGAAGGAAGCAACAGUAACGCCCGAUAAUACACCAGCACAAAGUGUAGAAAAAAGGACUGUUUCCCUACAAUCCCCUCUCCUCACUCCAGAACAAACAUUUCAAUCAGCUGAACAGGAGGUCAAUAGUCCAUUUCCUGCUGAAUUUUUUUCUCACGACGCAUUGGGAUUUUGA